CCUUCUCAGAACGAAAUCUCCAAUCCUUCCUGCCCAUAAUAUUCUCAAAGGCGUCGGAGAUCACGCAAAGGUGGAUUACCAUCGCGGAAAAAUCGAAUGAUGAGACUGCAGUCGUUGAUGUCGCUAAUUGGGUUCACCGACUGACCUUGGUACGUGUUCCAACUAUCCUUAUUUCAAGGCCACCCUCUGACCAUUCUUCGUAUUAG